UCCGGUGCUUUUCGGUGCCUUUCGGUAAUUAGACGGACCCUGGUUGCUACAGCAACCAACGGCGACACGAUGUCAUGUCAAAAACUGUUAUUGGCAUUAACAAUGGAAAAUGAUCCAGAGAUCACCUCUGCUGCUGUUAACCACACUUCAGAAGCGAAUGAAAAAGGGGAAGAACUGUCAGCUGCUGUUAUUGGUAGGCAACAACAACAGCAGCAUACUGCUAUCGAAACUGAUAUCACUGAUGCCAAUGGUAAUAAGCACCCACAAGAGUCAAGUACUCAAACGUCACAAACACAAGAUUGUGAUGAGCCAAAAGUAGAGGCGGCCACACAGGUGCAAAAUGGAUUCGAGCAGAGUGCUGGCUCAACUGCUACUGCUAGUGAUUGUGUGAUGGAGAACUCCAGGGUCUCUGGGACACAGGCAGCGAGUGUCAGUGAUGGCACGUUAAAUGUGACUGACAAAUUUGGCACAGUGACAGACACCUAUGCAGCAGAAGUAGCAGCGAGAUUGGACGAAGAGAAGAAUGACAGCGAUGCUGAACUCAAAGGACAUUUCAUCGUGCCUACACCGACGCUGGCAAAUAUGGGCAGCACUAGCGGCUCAGGUCCCAUGCACAUGCGGUCGCGGCCACACUCAAGCGAGAUCACGUGCAACAGGCCCAUGAUGGAGAGCAGCAAAGAGCAGAUGUUUGGCAUGUCCGAAGAGAUCAUUGUCAGGGUCGAGAUGCCUGAUGGUAAAAUUAAGCUCAUCAAGGUAGACAUCGACAGGUCCCGACAGCAGAGGAAUCAAUACCUUGGUGGUUUCAAACAUCGGGAGACGGGUGUUAAGUUUCUUACCGCGUCGGCACAGACUAACAGGGAGCUUCGACCCAAUACUGGCAAAGUAAAAUACUCCAGAGAUACGCAGACGUACACUACCAAGCAGAAGCAGCAGCAGACCACAUGCUCCACAUCAACACAGAUGACAAAAGCAGGUGUCUACGUAACAGAUGAAGAAGACAAGGUCAUUACAGCUGGUCCGUACUUCAGGGGCGAUGAAUACCUUGCACUCAUUCUAGAGAAGGUGAUUAUCAUCCAGAAGUAUUUCCGACGUAUGACGGCUCGCCGAAAGGUUGAAGGCAUGAGGCGAGAUCGCGACUUCAGUGUGGAGUGGGAUAAGGGGGAGACACGACGCAAGGAGCAGGAGAAGCAGGAGAGACUCCAGCAAGAGUACGAGAGGCGUGUUCAUCCUGGGAAGAAGUCCGAUUUUGACUUGAUCUUCUCAGCUCUUGAGAGUUGGAGACGGGACAAGGAGGAGAAGAUUAGUGCAAUCCGGUCUGGGGCAGAGAGAAAGGCCGCGCUGUGCAGACUCUUGGAGGAGGAAACUCAACUCCUCUCAACGGUGGAACAAUACAAGCAGCUUGCGGAUGAGACGAACAGAGCCAAGAUGAUUGAGUCCUUCAUUGAAAAGACUGCGUCGCCGAAAAGAUGGCAGUCGGCAGACGGCCGCUUCACAAGCAUGGACACCCCGCUCACAUUGCGUGCACGGGAGCUCAGGGACAUCUACACCAGCAUCAGCAUGCCGAAUCUGACGCAGGACGAGAGACUUGACGUGCUUCUCACGCUAAAGCACACGGUGAAGGAACAUGACUGUAAGCUAACCAGGGAGAUCAUAGACCUGGUCGACAGGGAGGCGAAUCUCAUCAUGCGGCGCACAAAGGAAGAGAACCUGCUUGGUCUACGCAAGCGCAUAGCAACACUAUUCCUCCAGUACUUCAAGAAUCCCGAUUUCAACCCUGGUGUGGUUAAGACGUUGAAGGUUCCGCAGGAUGCGUCCGCACUACAGGCAGACGUGCACCAGUGCCGCGGCUGCGGGCGCCACCUGCGUGAGGCGGACUAUGAGCUGUCAGCAAACACGCGCGUGAUGGGGCGCUGUCGCGACUGCCAGCGACUCGACAACAACGCUCGCCGCCGCGACGACCACAGCCUCUACCAGACGCUGCUGCGCGCGCUCAGGCGGGUCGAGCGCAGCUGCGACAGCGAGUCAAAGAUAGCCUUCCUGCUGCAGGUACGACGCGGACGUUAUAGUUAAAGUUUUUAUUAUGAAAAU